AUGACUCCCACUACGGCCACCCCGACAACCCCAAGUAGCGUACCACUCACGAAGUUGCUGGGGCGUGAGAGACUCACGCGGAGGUCGCUGGAGCUGCAUCUGGCCACCGCCAGGAGCAGCAGGAGCAGUGGUAGCCGCAGUAGCAAUAGCAGUAGUCGCAGCGCGGCAACCCCUAUAACCCCAACUAGCGUACCACUCACGAAGUUGUUGGGGGGUGAGGGACUCACGCGGACGACGCUGGAGCUGCAUCUGGCCACGCCAGGAGCAGAAGUGGCAGUAGAAAGAGCAGUAGCAGCAAGAGCAGCAGUAACAGCAGGCGAGGACUCCGCGGCAGUUGCAGGGGCGGCUGCUCCAGGGGCGGGAGUUGUAGGGGCGGCUGCUCCAGGGGCGGCUGCUCUAGGGGCGGCUGCUACAGGGGCGGCUGCUCCAGGGGCGGCUGCUGCAGGGGUGGCUGCUCCAGGGGCGGAUGCUGCAGUGGCCGCUGCUGCAAGGGUGGCUGCUCCAGGGGCGGCAGCUGCAGUGGCGGCUGCUCCAGGGGCGGCUGCUGCAGGGGCGGCUGCUGCAGGGGAUGCUGCUCCAGGGGCGGCUGCUGCAGUGGCGGCUGCUCUAGGGGCGGCUGCUGCAGGGGCGGCUGCUCCAGGGGCGGCUGCUGCAGGGGCGGCUGCUCCAGGGGCGGCUGCUGUAGGGGUGGCUGCUCCAGGGGCGGCUGCUGCAAGGGCGGCUGCUCCAGGGGCGGCUGCUGCAGGGGUGGCUGCUCCAGGGGCGGUUGCUGCAAUGGCGGCUGCUCCAGGGGCGGCUGCUGCAGGGGUGGCUGCUCCAGGGGCGGCUACUGCAGGGGCGGCUGCUCCAGGGGCGGCUGCUGUAGUGGCGGCUGCUCCAGGGGCGGCUGCUGUAGGGGUGGCUGCUCCAGGGGCGGCUGCUGCAGGGGCGGCUGCUCCAGGGGCGGCUGCUGCAGGGGUGGCUGCUCCAGGGGCGGUUGCUGCAAUGGCGGCUGCUCCAGGGGCGGCUGCUGCAAGGGCGGCUGCUCCAGGGGCGGUUGCUGCAAUGGCGGCUGCUCCAGGGGCGGCUGCUGCAGGGGUGGCUGCUCCAGGGGCGGCUACUGCAGGGGCGGCUGCUCCAGGGGCGGCUGCUGUAGUGGCGGCUGCUCCAGGGGCGGCUGCUGUAGGGGUGGCUGCUCCAGGGGCGGCUGCUGCAGGGGCGGCUGCUCCAGGGGCGGCUGCUGCAGGGGUGGCUGCUCCAGGGGCGGUUGCUGCAAUGGUGGCUGCUCCAGGGGCGGCUGCUGCAGGGGUGGCUGCUCCAGGGGCGGCUGCUGCAGUGGCGGCUGCUCCAGGGGCGGCUGCUGCAGGGGCGGCUGCUCCAGGGGCGGCUACUGCAGGGGUGGCUACUCCAGGGGCGGCUGCUGCAGUGGCGGCUGUUCCUGGGGCGGCUGCUUCAGGGGCGGCUGCUCCAGGGGCGGCUGCUCCAGGGGUGGCUGCUGCAGGGGAGGUUGCUCCAGAGGCGGCUGCUGUAGUGGCAGCUGCUCGAGGGGCGACUGCUGCAGGGGCGGCUGCUCCAGGGGCGGCUGCUGCAGUGGCGGCUGCUCAAGGGGCGGCUGCUGCAGGGGUGGCUGCUCCAGGGGCGGCUGUUGCAGGGGCGGCUGCUACAGGGGCGGCUGCUCCAGGGGCGGCUACUGCAGGGGAGGCUGCUCCAGGGGCGGCUGCUGCGGUGGCGGCUGCUUCUGGGGCGGCUGCUUUAGGGGCGGCUGCUGCAGGGGAGGCUGCUCCAGGGGCGGCUGCUGCAGUGGCGGCUGCUGCAGGGGCGGCUGCUGCAGGGGCGGCUGCUCCAGGGGCGGCUGCUGCAGUGGCGGCUGCUCCAGGGGCGGCUGCUGCAGUGGCGGCUGCUCCAGGGGCGGCUGCUGCAGUGGCGGCUGCUCCAGGUUCCGGUUAG